AUGACUAUUGUCAGUGUAAGCAUCUUAGCGCUAUUCUUGGCGAGCUUCAAUGUGUAUUGCGGAUUGAAGAAAAGAAAGCUCAACAAACUGAAAGAACAAUUUUUUCAACAAUUUUUUGCCGAAGAGAAAGGUUCAAUUGAAACAGCUAAAAUCUUUAGCAUAGAAGAGCUAAAGAAGGCCACUAACAACUUUGAUGAAGCCAAGAUCUUAGGCCGAGGUGGCUAUGGAAUAGUUUACAAGGGAUUAUUACAAGACAAUACAACUGUUGCAAUCAAAAAGUCCAAAAUCAGUGAUAAAAGCCAGAUUGAACAAUUCAUCAAUGAGGUGGUUAUACUUACCCAAAUCAACCAUACAAAUGUGGUUAAACUUUUGGGGUGUUGCUUAGAGACAAAAGUUUCAUUACUUGUUUAUGAAUUCAUUCAAGGUGGUACUCUUGACGAUCAUCUUCAUGGUCAGAACCAAUCUUUAAAGCUUAACAGGAAAACAAGAUUGAGAAUAGCAGCAGAAACUGCUGGGGCUUUGGCAUACUUGCAUUCUGCUACUUGUCCACCAAUUAUACAUAGAGAUGUUAAAACUACAAACAUACUUCUUGAUCAUAAUCUCAAAGCAAAGGUUUCUGAUUUCGGAGCUUCAAAGAUUGUUCCUCUUGAUAAAACCGAACUAUCCACCUUGGUGCAAGGGACUGUGGGGUAUCUAGACCCUGAAUACUUCCACACAAGCCACUUAACAGAAAAGAGUGAUGUGUAUAGUCUCGGAGUCGUUCUAGCAGAGUUACUUACAGGACGAAAAGCACUUUGUUUUGAGCUGCCUGAGGAGGAUAGAAACCUUGCAAUGUACAUUUCUUCGAUGAAUAUGAAUCUUCUACUUCACAUUCUGGACGUAGCCAUAAUUGAUGAGGCAAAGCUCGAGCAACUAAUGGAAUUUGGGAAUAUCGCAAAACGAUGUUUGGAAUAA